ACUGGCUUCCGGGUUAAGCGAGCGGUGUGUAAAAGCAGCGCGUCUUAGCGGAUCGUGUUUCGGAGGACCUUCACCUCUCCCGAGCCCGUUGGGGAGUUGCAGCGAUGAAACAAGAUCGUAAUUACCAAUUAGAUAUCACGAAAAUUGGGAGAAAAAUUCACAAAAUAAAUAAAACACUACACUGAACUCCUACCAUACUGUAUAUCCACAUACAGCGUUGAUAAUUCGAGUGAACGGUGAUGGUUAAUUUGUUGAAUAAUUAAUUUGUUUAUACUCAACUUGCAAGGUGUUUUAUAGCAAUACAACAAUACAUACUUUCCUUAUGGUCAUACUCUAUAUAGGUCAUAUAACUCCCCUCCCAUUUGGUACAAUCCAUGCGUCAUUGUUUACAACAAAAUGGCCAAGUAUUUCUUCCCCUAUAUUCAAACUGGAUAAAGGCGCUUUAAAUAACGAAAACGAAACUAACUACCGAACUGAAAAACACACCGGAGUUCUGUGUCGGAUUGACUUCAGGAUCACACUCACAUCAUGGCAUUUCAAAUGUCAACUGUCUCUUCGCGUAUCAGAGCCAUAUGUCCAUUUUCCCGCUGUCGUAGUGGUGACUUUCAUACUAGUGAUAUCGGUGUGUGCUCCAAAUUUAGAAACAUUUUCGGUGUUGCAAAUCGUCAGGUGUAUUCGCUGGUGCGAAGUGGGCAGAGUUCGGCGAACUCCAGCCCUGCAAAGUGCAAGGCCAUUCUGAACCAAGGGGGUAUUCAUUUUGCAAACCGUGUGGAGAAGUUUUCAACAACUACAGCUGCCGCGAAGUCGUUUGAGUCGUUUCAGGGGCAAAACAAGGCCUCGACCUCCGGGGGAAAGUACGGUUCGUUGUACCGGAUCGCCCUCGCCGCGCUUGGGGUGACCACCGCGGUCGUGUCCCUGCACGCAAGUGCCCAUCUCGCCAUGGCGACGGGAUUGGAGCGGCUAGACCUUGACUCAGCCAAAGGCGACUGGAACGAGGUGAAGGCUGCCUUGCUCCAUAUGAGUCAGGGGGAGAGAAGGAAGCACUACAGGACUACCUACCUGUCCCUGGAGGAGGUGCCUGUGUGGACCGCCAAGUCACUAGUGGACAGAGGUGAUUCAGUCAAGGCGACCAAAUUCAAGAGGAACGAAGCUCUGGACAAGAAGAUCUCCCUGUUCAGCGGUGACAUCACCAAACUGGAGAUUGAUGGGAUCGUCAAUGCAG